UUUCGGGUUGAAGAGUCACUGAGGGCACCUGGGGCGCUCCGUGAGGGAGGCGAGCCGCCUCGCUGUGCCGCCCGGCAGGGGGCGCGCUCCCGCCCCUCCCUCCGCGGGGCUCCCUCAUCCCCUCAGCGGGCGAUGUUGCCGCGCCACCGCCUCCACCUCCUGCUCUUCCUCCGCACCCUCCACGGCUCUGCCUUCGGCAUGGGCGACUGGGCCUCCCGCCUGCCGCAGGCGGGCGAAGCGCUGCCCGGCAGGACCCAGCGCAUGGCGGUGCCAGAUAAACAUCAUGUCAAUGGGAACAGAAUGGUUGAACCUUUCCCAGAGGGAACACAGAUGGCUCUGUUUGGUAUGGGAUGUUUCUGGGGAGCCGAGAGGAAGUUCUGGAGGCAGAAAGGAGUCUAUUCCACUCAAGUGGGUUAUGCAGGAGGACAUACCCCAAACCCUACCUACAAGGAGGUGUGCUCAGGCAGAACUGGGCACACCGAGGCCGUCCGGGUGGUGUUUGAGCCACAAAACAUCAGCUUUGAGCAACUGCUCAAGGUCUUCUGGGAGAAUCAUGACCCGACACAAGGGAUGCGGCAGGGGAACGACGUCGGCACUCAGUAUCGCUCGGCCAUCUACACCUUCUCCCAGGAGCAGAUGGAAGCUGCCCUGAGAUCCAAGGAAGAAUAUCAGAAGGUGUUGACGGAGGAAGGCUUUGGCCCCAUCACCACGGAGAUCCGGGAGGCUCCUGAGUUUUAUUACGCCGAGGAAUAUCACCAGCAGUACCUCAGCAAGAACCCCGGCGGGUACUGCGGCCUGGGAGGGACGGGGGUUUCCUGCCCCAUGGGCCUCAGGAAGUAGCCUGUGCUUGCUCCACCACCUCCUCUUCAUUGUAGGCAGCUUGGGAAAAAAAAAAAAAAGACCAGGAACCUCGGUGGAUGUUCCUGCAGCAUCUGUGGAUAAAGAUUUGGGAAUCUGCUGGGGAGGGUUUCCGUAAUCAGAAGUUACAUCAAAAUCCAAAGUAGAGGCAGGAAUUGCUCCCAUCACAGCUUCUUGCUCUGUGCAGUUUCCUUGUCAUCUGGAGAGGUGGAAAGAGAUCCAAACUUCUGAAGUUCGGCUUGAAAUGCUGUUAAAAGGGUGAAUUAGGAGGUGGUUGCACCCGUAGCUGCUUUGCAUUUCCAAUGCCUUUGGGCUUUUUGAUUUUCUUGGGUUAAUUAAUUUCCUGGUGGUCCCAGAGCUUUGACUUCUGGAGAUGUGGUUGCGUUCCUUACCUGUCACAGCCCUGGAAUUUGAUGUCUUUGGGAAUGAUGAAUUGAUCAGAUCAGUGAUUCUCCUACCACAGCUCCACUUUCACAGCAUUUAGUACCACCUGUAGUGCCUAUUUUCUGAAAUUAUUUUAGCCAGAAAAAGGUCAAAAUUUCAAUGUGAUGCUUCUUUUUGACAGUUCCAAGAAGUGAAUAAACACAAAAAGAAAUCAGUUUUGUUUCCUGCUCUGCAAUAAAUGACAGAACAAGAAAAGCACAA